UUUACUGCGUGGCAGCAGCCAAAUGUAUAAUGUCAACAAGCGUCGAAACCGCAUUUCAAGGUCCGUUUAUGGAGCCCAGGGGUUGGUCAAUGCCUCUUUGGUCUGGCGUUCCAGCGCUGCCUCUAGGCUUCAGGUCCAGACCACCUUCUUAUUCAAGUAGCCCUGAACCUUGGCUUCUCCCAGGAUGUAGCUCUGUGUAUGACAGUCUGGUCAGUAAUGCAGCCCCAGCCAUGCCUCCCUCUCCCAUGAAUGGAGAAAGAGGACCUGCCACUGCUAUGCAAAAGCUACGCAGGUCCUCUAUCCUUGAGCGAUGUAUCCUUAGGAUGUCUACUGCCAGUGUUGCUGUUGGAACAGAGGACAUGGAUGGUAUCAGGAGGUCCCAGUCAGGGAUGCGGUUGGCCCCACGGAACCUGGAUCCAGCUCACAUGGAAGGCAAUGAAUCGGUUCUGAAACGACGGCAGAAACAGGUUCAGUACGGCAAGAACACCUCUGGCUACCAGAAUUACCUGGAACAAGUUCCCAAGCGUCUGAGAAUCCCUGGGCUGCACCCAUCCACUCCAAACAAAUAUAGAAAAUACAGCCGCCGAUCCUGGGACAUGCAGGUUCGUCUUUGGCGGAGAGCUCUGCAUGCAUGGGACCCUCUGUCUGAAGCGCAGGGAGAAGCUGAGGGACAAGACCCUGUUGACCAACUGCAGGGGUUGCUUGAGCAGAUGAAUUGUGAGCUAUAUGAAGACUGUGGCGCUAAAGAGCGGGCCAGAGGGAUGCCAUCAGACUCUAAAGCCCCCUUCUCCACUAAACCUGCAGGAAUGUCAAUCAACAGUCCCUGGAUGUUUCCCCAUGGAUCCCAGGUGGAUGUGUCUGGUCCUCAGUUCCCAUCCUCCCAGACAGGCUUGGGGUACGCCUUUAGCAGUCAUCUAACAGCUGAUGAGAAUGUGGUGGGAUGGCUGAGAUUUCUCCUGGAAACUGACCACUCCCACGAUCAACAGGGAGACCGGCUACCGUGGAAGCCAUACUGAUCAUGGCUGUCAGUCCCAGCGGUAGAUCUUUUGGGUAUAUCCUAAUAGACUUGCAGGGUUGCACUGGGUGUUGUGCUGACUGUGAAAGGGAUGAUUGCUGUAAAAUAUUGACCACACACUUCUUGUAAUCAUGUCAGUUUGGGGUCACUUUUUACACAUUUAUUGUUUUGUAUCGCACAUUUUUAAGCAGUAUCUGCUUCACUAAUCAUGUACCUACAUUGAUGUUUAUUUGGACCCACUGUAAUUAACUUUUUUGCACCAUUUACUUGUUCAAUGUUUUAAGUUCCCUUUGUCACAAUUACAUUUUCGUCAUUUAGCAGACGCUCUUCAUUUAGUUAUACGUUAGGUUUUCACUCCUCCUAUCCUCUCUAAAACCAAGGAUUAUAUUCUGACCCUCCCAAUUCUGUUCUCUAAAGAGUAAAGAAGUCUUGGCUUUGUUGCAUUUGGCCCACCAGCCACAUCACCAUGUUCACCUGUCUGUGACCCAACUGACUGUCAGGCUCUAAGGUAUCAUGCACCAUCCUCUCCUGCCUGCCUACCUAGCUGUUUUUCUAAAAACAACGUCGAUGGGGAAAAUGCUAUCACUUUGUUUAGUAUAUUUUUGUUUUUCUUAAUUGUCAUUUUGUACAACCUGAGUACUGAUGCAGAGUGAAAUUAAUAAAGAUAUGUUCCAAAUUGAA